AUGACCUCAAUCCAAUCCCUCGGCCUCCAUGAGCCAUCUGCUUUGCCUUACUUGGUGGGGGAGUCCAUUCUCCCUGCUGAUCCCUCCCCGUCUCUCUACAAAUGGUCACUUCUCCACACCCAUAGUGGCCAUAAUACCGAGUCUGUCGAGGAAGAGAUCGUAAUUACCGAGUCUUGUGUUGUGUGGUCAAGGAAUGGCAUCGUCAAACGGGCACUCAACCUCAAUGUCGAGGGUGAGUCCAUCCUACAUGCCUUCGUCACAGACUUGACGUCAGGCGAUGGUGCCAGCCACACAACUGAGGGUACAACACGACCCAAGGUCAUGGAGCGUGGCUUGGUCGUCGUGCUCAAGACACACGCCCAUAUAUUUCUCCUCUCAGGAGACACUCAUGUUGUGCCCUUACCCUUUGAGGUUGAAAGUGCUUUCCCCUUCCCUCUAGGCUUCGUGCUGCAACGGAAACUGGGAGAUGACGAGCUAACAGGGCGAACACCUGUUCCUGCUUUGCACCACGACCUGAGUAUCAUCAAUGAAACCCUCAACUCCAUUGGCGGUAACAGUUCCAGGCCAUCCUUAUUGUCACCCGAAAAACAACACAUCCUCUCAAACCCACAAAAAUCCAACGCCCAUGGCAUGCCACGGACCUAUUCCUAUACUAACCUCAUGUCGGAAUUGGGCUUGGUCGUUUGGAGCCCAACUCGUCAAGGAGAACAAUUGGCCAACUGUAGAGCGCUCCCUCGGACAGAAAAGAUUAUCUUCCUUUCCUCUUGCUCAGAAUUAGGUCUGACUUCGUCCAUGAGCACUCCGUUAGCCAUAGCUCUAACCUUGAAUGAAACCAACUCUUCUCUGACUCUAUGGCAUGUUAGUCCGGACACUCCAGAUCGUCUCCAUGCAGCCCAACGCCACAACCGUAACUCUACAAGAUCUCGUCCUUCUCUGAGGAAAAGCUCAAACGUAUACGCUCGGGAUCCGGGCGCUGCACCUGCUGCAAUUACUCGAGGGCCUGGACAUCUCAGAGAGAGCAUCAAUGCCUCAGCUCAACCUCAAUCUCACGGAGAAAGCCUCUUUGCCUCUGUCGACGAGGAGAAGCUAUUUCCACCAAACGAUCUUGUUUCACAACUGGGACCCGAGUUCGGUGACAUUGGUGUGCAAACACGCUCGGCUCGCAGAGUCAGCUCUAUGUUGGCACGAACAGACCUGGGUUCCGCAAAUGAUCGAAACAAUUUUAACGAUCUUGCGAUGGGCCACCCAGGCCGCCAAAGUCUCAAUAGGGUUGGAAGAAGAGGCGAAUCAAUUGGUAGUUUUAACGAUCGACAAAGCCUUGGUUUCCGUCGAAGAAGCUCGUUCACUGCCAAUGCAUCUAUAAUGAGUGCUGGCACUUCAUUCUUAGAUUUAUCUGCUCGUGGUUUGUUGGAUGAGUUCGACCCCCUACGCCGGUCGAUUCGGCUCGAAGACGAUGUUUCUGAUGGCUCAGAAAGCAAUCUUCCCAGAGAUAUCGGUUUCUUCAAAGUUAAGAACUUUCCAAGAUCCGCAGACAAUGACACGCUCAAUAUUAACGCUGAUAUCGAAGUGUCGACGUUACGUCCACAUGCAUGCGUCCACCAAGGCAACCCUCACUCAACAGAUCUUGUUGUCUGCAUUAUGGACAAGGGAACUCGGCAAUUGACCUUGGUCAAGAUUUUGGUCAAGUUUCAUGACCACAAGCGCGGUAAGAGCCGGUUUCAAGCGCAAGCUUUUGAGGUCAAAGCUACCGAGCUUCAGCGAAUAAGUGGUAUCAGCGAUGCUUGCAAGGUCCACGAUGGGGAUGUUCAGCGCCUGAUUGUCCUUACCCAUUCUCGAACUCAGCUCACGGCUCUACAUCUUGAGGCACCAUGGUCGCCGUCAUACCGCUUAGAACUCAUGCAAAGUUUCGGCCUAUUUGAUCCUCUUGCAACCAAGCAGAUGGUGACCAGUCCAAAGAGAAGUCAAGAAGCUGGCAUAAGGAGGACGAUCUCAGCCAAAAAUAUCCACAUACAAGCUCUGAGAAGAUCAGGAGCACAGGGACGCUUCUAUGUAGUUGACCAGGAUCAACAAGAACAUACCAUACAACUUCGUCUACGCCCAACCGACCCCUUAGUCGCGUCCAUUCUGCAAAUGUGUGACAUUGUGAGUGGUACUGAGCAGCAAGAAAGCCUACUUGUUUCUUUCUGGGAAGUUUCUCGUUGGCUGAAGACUAGAGAAUUUCCAAUUAUCUCAGAAUGGACGACGCUUGUUGUUGUACUUUUCUCCUUGGCCGUUCCAUUCAUCAGCACUACACCCCAGACACCCAGCCAUCGACGAAAGAAGAGUGCGUUUUUACGGUCAAGUAGUGGAACUGCUGUUGACCUUACGAGUUAUGAUACCAUGCAGAAUGACGAACAUGAAACCAAAUUUACUUAUCGAGUGCAGGAUCCUGCGUGGAGCUGGCUGUCACAAAAGCAAGAGAAUCCCAUCGACUCCACUCCAAAGGUCAAAAGUGGCAGGUUUGCGCCACCUAUCACGUCAGACCUCAGCCCCAGGAAGUCGAAGUCUAAUACUUUCAUCCAAAAAUGCAUUGCCCUGGCGAGAGAAUAUGUACAGACACCUGUAGGCGAGGCCGCGAAUGGCCCAGAAGGUUAUCUGCCGACGUCCAUGAACAAGAAUCGGGAGGAAAGAUCUAAUGCCGUCCCCAGCAUACUACUUGGUUUGCAUCUUUUGUAUGAAGAACGUAAGCUCAAUAUGUCGUCGACCUCGAUAACAGGCUCACCCGGAUCUGAUCUCGUAUUCAUCAUGGCACAGAUUGGUCACUGGCUUGGAUGGGAGGACUGGACAUGCCAAGCAGGCUCAUAUUAUGAGUUCGAAGCGCCGCAGUCAAAAGAUUGUUUGUUCGAUUUAGCUUUGAUUGACAGUCUCCAGAUGCCUGCACAGCCAUUCGCGCCGCCCUCAAUUUAUGCACAUCUGGAGAAUUGGAUCCGCGGUGUUCCAGAAUCUCCAUUUCUUACAUUGGCCAGGGUCGCUGGUGGUGGCAAGCAGGUCAUCAAUACGGAGGACAUUCUAUGGCAACGGAUCGCUGCCUUGACACCUCGCACGUUAGCCUUGCUGUCAUAUGAGCAGAGCAGUCGGAAUCACAUCGGCACUCGGCACACUAUUCAUACGCUUUCAAAAGCUGGGAUCGAUGAGACCAUGAUUAAGACUUUCCCAGAUGGAAUAGCAGCCGCUCUGUAUCAAGCGAUACUGUCAAAGCGUGGCUCAUUUGUGCUUGAUCCUAUUGACGAAAAAAAAGUACUUGAUAGGCAGUCUCUCACACUCAGUCCUACCACUGACGUUCAACGGUCUUCGCUCCAUAAAAUAAUUCUCACUCAAAACCAUGGGGCAGUCAGGGAUUACCACACAAUCUGCUUAUCAUCAUUGGAAACUGAAACACUUCAACGAUGGGAUGCAUCUUCAGAGGCUGAUCGCCAUGCCAUCACGAAACUACUAUUCAAUGAAGAUCGCAGAUUUCCGGAAGCUUCGAAGCUUGUCAACCAAACGAGACCUCCUGUUGUGGAAUGUACCCCUGAACCAGAAUGGACCGAAGUUGAGCUUCUCGACGCCCAGAAAGAAUUAGCACAGUAUGUCACUCGACGCACACUAUCCGUGGCUACAGGGCGAGGAAUGAUGCAUUUCAAUGCCCGAGUUCCUCUACUUACAGAGAGGGUGCCAAUCCCAGCCUUCAGUCUGCAGUGCAUCAUGAAAUCUCGGCGCUCGAACGAAAGUACUCAGGCAAUGACUUUCAGCGCCGACAAAGCAGCCUUUACUGAGGAAAAAGUCUGUUGGGCAUUUUUCCAUAAUGGAGCUUCAAUGGGUCUAAUGAUCGCAAAUGAUGCCCAGGGGAUUGACACUUCUUGGAUCCUCUACAACAAACCCCCAGAGUUAACGAACCGACAUGCCGGCUUCCUUCUUGCUCUUGGGUUGAACGGACAUCUCAAAUCACUCGCGAAAUGGGUUGCGUUUAAGUACCUCACACCCAAACAUACCAUGACUUCUGUCGGUCUUAUUCUAGGACUGUCGGCCUCUUUUCUCGGCACGAUGGACACUCUCAUAACUCGGCUCCUGUCGGUUCAUGUCACUCGUCUGCUUCCCCCAGGCGCAGCUGAGUUGAAUUUAUCACCUCUCACUCAAACGACUGGAAUCAUUGGCAUCGGAUUGCUCUACUAUAGUUCUCAACAUCGCCGAAUGUCAGAGGUGAUGCUCUCAGAGAUUGAGAACAACGAUCCAGAGGAGGGUGCUGCAGCUGAAAGCGUGCUUCGCGAUGAAGGCUACAGGCUAGCUGCUGGCUUUUCCCUAGGAUUAAUCAACCUCGGCCAUGGAAAACAUCUACAUGGUCUCAACGACAUGAAUGUCGUCGAACGUCUUCUUGCGAUCGCAGUGGGGACCAAGAACGUGAAUAUGGUUCAUGUUCUUGAUCGGGCCACUGCAGGUGCAGUGAUGGCGAUUGCUUUUGUAUUUCUCAAGACCAAUGACGAGGCGAUCGCUCGAAAAGUUGAUGUUCCAGAUACCCUCCACCAAUUCGACUACGUGAGACCCGAUGUAUUUCUCCUACGCACGCUAGCUCGUCAUCUUAUCAUGUGGGACUCGGUGAAACCAACAGUUGACUUCAUACGCGCAUCCCUUCCUCAGCCAUACCAUCAUCGAGUUGACCUGAAAUCUACCAAGGUUCUUAGCACGGAGGACAUGCCAUUCUUCAAUAUCAUUGCGGGCAUAUGUCUUGCUAUUGGAUUACGCUUCGCUGGAUCUCAAAGACACGAUGUUCGUGAUCUACUCAUGAGUUACCUUGACCACUUUAUUAGACUGAGUCGACUUCCAGCACGAAAUUAUGAUGCUCGCGUUACCUUGAAUAGUACUCGCAAUUGUCUAGAUACAAUUGCACUCGCCACAUCAGCGGUAAUGGCCGGAUCUGGCGAUUUACGAGUCAUGCGGCGUCUACGAUCCCUACAUGGCCGAACUGACAAAGACACUCCAUUUGGUAGCCAUCUUGCUGCCCAUAUGGCGCUAGGAGCACUUUUUCUCGCUGGUGGAACAAGAACCUUUGGCACCUCGAACCUUGCAAUCGCCAGUCUCUGCAUCGCCUUCUAUCCCGUAUUUCCCAACGAUGUUCUCGAUAAUCGUGGUCAUUUGCAAGCUUUACGUCACUUGUGGGUAUUGGCAGUGGAGGGGAGAUGUCUUGUCGCAAAAGACCAGGCUGAUGGAUCCGUUAUUGGUGGAAUGACAGGGACGAUCCAUUUGAAGAAUGGUGAUGUCCAAACUAUGCGAAUUCCAGGACUGGUUCCGGAGUUGGAUACUAUUGCUUCCAUUGAAGUCAAAGGCCACGGAUUCUGGGAUGGUAUGCUCGACCUAAACUCGCCAGACACUGCAGCUAAACACAAAGCUCAAAUCAAAAAGGACAAUGCAGUGAACAUCUUCAUUUCACGACGCGUUGCAUAUGACAGACCUCCACAAGAUCUUUUCGCUGCGGAGUUCCAGGCUCGCAGCGAGGCCAGUGGCAUACCUAGCGUGGACCCAAAUGUUGCUCACGGAUACGGUGCUGCGGCCACCACCGGUGCAGGGUUUAAAGUUACAAAUCCAUUCGAGUGGCUUUUUGAUCUCGGGACUCUUAAAAAUUUCGACCACGCAGAGCGAGCACUUGUUCUGCAACCCGCCACCAAGGGUGGAACAGAUCCACUCACUGGCACAGUCGUAGAUACAAGACUGGAGUUCGAGAAAGGAAUUCUCCCACCCGAUACCAUGUUUGACAACGACGCGCCUUGGAAGAGCCUGGAAAUGCAGAAGAAUAAACUCUGGCAGUUGAGGCUUCUAUUUGCAUGGUUCGACCACUGGGAAAAGGACGAUGAAGAGAUCGAGCGCGAAAUCCAGGAGGGUCGCAACGUUUCGGAGAGAUCAAAUCAUGGGAAGAGCACAGCGAAGCACAUUUCUGCCGACGACAAGUGGUUUGCGAAUUCAGGAGGAACCUGGUUGAGGAGGGAAGUCAUCGAGCGCUUGAGGUACCGGGUCUGGGAAAUGACAAAUGGCGGAGACGAAAGUGACGAGUCUCACGACGUGCAAUGA